AUGCCUUCGGACAAAGAGACAUUCCGCUGUACGUUCUGUCAGACAGAGGGAGAGGAGGAUGAGUCUGCAGUGCCUAAGAAGGAUGCUAGGACCUUGGUGGCCAGUUUCAACAAACAGAUCGAGCCCAUCUACGUGCUGCUGAGUGAGACCAAGGACGUCCACCAAGGACGUCAAAUGACCUGCUGGAGCCCGAGCCUGCCAAGAUCCCCGCCCUCUAACGGAGUGCCUGUCAUCUCAGUGCCUGUCAUAUAUGUGCCUGUCAUCUCAGUGCCUGUCAUCUCAGUGCCUGUCAUCUCAGUGUCUGUCAUCUCAGUGCCUGUCAUCUCAGUGCCUGUCAUCUCAGUGCCUGUCAUAUAUGUGCCUGUCAUCUCAGUGCCUGUCAUCUCAGUGCCUGUCAUCUCAGCGCCUGUCAUCUCAGUGCCUGUCAUCUCAGUGCCUGUCAUCUCAGCGCCUGUCAUCUCAGCGCCUGUCAUCUCAGUGCCUGUCAUCUCAGUGCCUGUCAUCUCAGUGCCUGUCAUCUCAGUGCCUGUCAUCUCAGCGCCUGUCAUCUCAGUGCCUGUCAUCUCAGUGCCUGUCAUCUCAGUGCCUGUCAUCUCAGCGCCUGUCAUCUCAGUGCCUGCUGAAGAUAGGCCUAAACCCUUUAACUGCGUGCCCCCUGUGCGUGACGGUGGUUUAUGA